AUGCUGGCCAAAGAAGCCAGCUGCCAUUCAACAGAUUCCUGCCGGGAUGCGUGUGGCGCAUCAACCAGCCAUGAAGGAAGACUGAUAGAGAAAACCGGACAAGCAGAGAAAGCCAUGCGAGAGGAGGAGGCGCGACUGGCAGAAAAAGCCAGGCGGGCAGAGAAGGUGCGCCUGGCAGAGGAAGCGCGGCGAGCAGAGGAGGCGCGUCUGGCAGAGGAAGCAAGGCGAGCAGAAAAGGCGCGACUGGCAGAAGAAGCCAGGCAAGCAGAGGAGGCGCGUUUGGCAGAGGAAGCCAGGCGAGCAGAGGAGGCACGUUUGGCAGAGGAAGCCAGGCGAGCAGAAGAGGCGCGACUGGCAGAAGAAGCCAGGCAAGCAGAGGAGGCGCGACUGGCAGAGGAAGCCAGGCGGGCAGAGGAGGCGCGACUGGCAGAGGAAGCCAGGCGGGCAGAGGAGGUGCGCCUGGCAGAGGAAGCGCGGCGAGCAGAGGAGGCGCGUCUGGCAGAGGAAGCAAGGCGAGCAGAAAAGGCGCGACUGGCAGAAGAAGCCAGGCAAGCAGAGGAGGCGCGUUUGGCAGAGGAAGCCAGGCGAGCAGAGGAGGCACGUUUGGCAGAGGAAGCCAGGCGAGCAGAAGAGGCGCGACUGGCAGAAGAAGCCAGGCAAGCAGAGGAGGCGCGACUGGCAGAGGAAGCCAGGCGGGCAGAGGAGGCGCGCCUGGCAGAGGAAGCGCGGCGAGCAGAGGAGGCGCGGCUGGCAGAAAAAGCCAGGCAAGCAGAGGAGGCGCGUUUGGCAGAGGAAGCCAGGCAAGCAGAGGAGGCGCGGCUGGCAGAAGAAGCCAGGCAAGCAGAGGAGGCGCGUUUGGCAGAGGAAGCCAGGCGAGCAGAGGAGGCGCGUCUGGCAGAGGAAGCCAGGCGAGCAGAGGAGGCGCGUCUGGCAGAGGAAGCCAUGCGAGCAGAGGAGGCGCGACUGGCAGAGGAAGCCAGGCGAGAAGAGGAGGCGCGUCUUGCGGAAGCCAGGCGAGCAGAGGAGGCGCGACUGGCAGAGGAAGCCAGGCGAGCAGAAGAGGCGCGACUGGCAGAAGAAGCCAGGCGAGCAGAGGAGGCGCGACUGGCAGAGAAAGCAAGGCGCGCAGAGGAGGCGCGCCUGGCAGAGGAAGCGCGGCGAGCAGAGGAGGCGCGGCUGGCAGAGGAAGCCAGGCGAGAAGAGGAGGCGCGGCUGGCAGAAGAAGCCAGGCAAGCAGAGGAGGCGCGUUUGGCAGAGGAAGCCAGGCGAGCAGAGGAGGCACGACUGGCAGAGGAAGCCAGGCGAGCAGAGGAGGCGCGUCUGGCAGAGGAAGCCAUGCGAGCAGAGGAGGCGCGACUGGCAGAGGAAGCCAGGCGAGAAGAGGAGGCGCGUUUGGCAGAGGAAGCCAGGCGAGCAGAGGAGGUGCGACUGGCAGAGGAAGCCAGGCGAUCAGAGGAGGCGCGACUGGCAGAGGAAGCCAGGCAAGCACAGGAGGCGCGUCUUGCAGAGGAAGCCAAGCGAGCAGAGGAGGCGCGCCUGGCAGAGGAAGCCAGGCGAGCGGAGGAGGUGCGACUGGCGCAGGAAAGGCGAGCGCGCCAGGCAGAAGAAGCCAAAGAAGCAGAGUUUCUUGCACAGACGCGCAGAGAAACAGUUUCAAGUCUUGUUGUCAGUGCAAAAGCAGCAUCCGAGGAGGCACGACGGAUUGCAGAGCGUGUGCUUUCUGCAGCACCGAAGCAGAAGCCUGCAGCCCCUGCCGUUCAAAGCCUUCCAAAAGUACCUUUGCCAGACAACGUCGUAGAAGAGGACGCCUUGGCCCAGCUUCUGGCCUACGACCUGCCGCGAGAGGUCCGGGCCCCGGGCAAUGGCACGCUGUGCGCCAUCGGAGAUGGGCCACUGCUCGGGCGCAGAGAACUCUCAGAUGCGGCCAGGCUUUAUUUCACAGGGGCGGAAGUCACGCGACUUCACACGCUCAACGGGGAUUUGUCCUCACGAGACGAGAGCAUGGCGGAGGUCACGCGUGAGCCAGAGGCCCCAGGACGGCUGAUCCUGCGGAACACCUUCAUCGAGUUGGAGUCCGACGGCAAUGGUGGCCUGGACUUCUCCCUGGGCCGCGCGAGGGCUUGCUCGGACGGGUGCCUCUUCGAGAGCUCCAACAACAUGGAGGAGGAGACGGCGAAGGUGCAUGUGCCAGAGCUGAACGUCCAGAUUGAGCUCACCGGCGCGAGCUGCUUGAACACCCCGAGAUCUGACGAAGAAGACAGAAAUGUGCAGUGCAAAGGCAGCCCAGUGUCCAAAGGAGCUCCGACCACGCGCAUUGAGACCACUGCGCAUGCCCAGCUUCAGCAGGUCUUGCAGAAACCUGCCGUCACCUCGCGAGAGGAAUUGCAACGCCUCUCGGAGGAGGUGGCCCAGCUGGCAAAGCAGAAUUCGCUCUUGCGCAGCCAGAUUGUCCACAAGGAGAGCACGCAGCACGGCUACGAGGCGCCAGAGGCUGUCCCGUGGAUGACGUAUGCUCCAGGCUCCGAAUUUGUUUGCGUGCAAGGCUACGGGCAGGACGUCACAGAGCCCAGGGACGGGGGCUACGCGACCUGGGAGUGUGGAGACUGGACCACGCAGAGUACGGCAGCGGACAUCGGCACCUCUGUGAUGCUGCGGAACCUGCCGAACAACUACACUCGCUCCAAGCUCUUGGAGAUGCUAGACAACGAGGGCUUCGCUGGAAAGUACAACUUUGUGUACUUGCCCAUCGAUUUUCAGACCGAGGCUUCCUUGGGCUACGCCUUCGUGAAUCUCGUGGAUAGUUUCCACGUGCCAAAGCUCCAGGAGCGAUUGACUGGCUUCAAGAAGUGGAGAGUGCCAAGCAAGAAGGUCUGUGAGGUGCGACUCUGUGGGCCCUGGCCAGACCUCGAGGCGCACAUCGAGCGAUAUCGGAACAGCUCGGUCAUGCACCACACCGUGCCGGAAGAGUUCAAGCCCGCGCUCUUCGAGAAUGGCAAGCGGGUCGCCUUUCCGAAGCCCUCCAAGGUGCCGCGACCGCCGCAGAUCCGACGGGCAGCGGGGCCUGUGGAGUCUGGAGAUGCUUUGGCGCCUGGCCUCAUUUGCCGUUAGUAUUGCGGCGCUGGAGGCCUGUGCUUGGAGAGCUGGCCCUCAAAUCGAUUGAUUCAGAGCCUUGCCUUGCGGGCGAAGCGCUCCUUGAAUUCAGUCGCAGCUGUGCCCUUGGGCAAAAGGCCAGAGGAGAACUCAUGGCUCAAAAGCCACGAGAUUGGGGCUCUUGGCUAUUGACCUUUUAC